CUUUAGGUAGCAUAUAACGAUUCCGCUGACUGACAGUUUGCGCCGCCGUCCGACGAAUUGUCCUUUCCCCACACGAACCCUUCACCUGCAACCCUUCUGCUACCUGCAUAUCUGCAUUUCCAAACAAUCCGAUCCCUCGGGUGCCUCGAAGAAAAAAAGCUCAGGGAGCUAUAGGUACUAGCUGUCGAGCUAGCCAGAUAGCAUACCCACCUCCACCUACACACUCUUGAUAUCAAAUCCCAGCCUUUCGCCCAAGUCUUUACGCCAUGGAUAUCGAGGCCUUGAAGGAACAAGUUGGUUAUCCGCCACCAAUAUAGCCACGGCGCUGACAGUUUUCACAGUGGUCGGAGGUUGAGGAUCGGGAUGGACUCCGCCUGAGUUGGAAUGUGUUUCCCAGUUCUCGUAUGGUUAGUCGAGCAAUCCACCGCGACAGGGCCACCGGGUUUUGACGAUUUACAGGAAGCUUCCCGCUUGGUAGUACCAAUCGGUGCCUUAUAUACUCCUCUGAAAGAGAAACCCGAUACGCCAAUACUGCAAUUCGAGCCGGUUAUCUGCAAGCAACCAUGUCGAUCAGUUUUGAACCCAUUUUGGUGAGUUGAGGACAGCAGGAUGAUUGAGCUCAUAGUAAUGGAUACAAUAGCCAGGUAGAUGUUCGCGCACGCCUUUGGAUCUGCCCUUUCUGCUUGUCCAGAAAUCCCCUCCCACCCCACUACAAAGAUAUCACAGCACAAGCGAUACCCCCGGAACUUCAUCCGUCCAAUACUACGAUUGAGUACAGAUUAUCUCGCCCCGCCCCAAGCCCCCCAAUCUUUCUCUAUGUUGUCGAUACCUGCCAGGAAGAAGAUAGUUUGGCGGCGUUGAAGGAAUCUCUUGUGAUGAGCUUGAGUCUCCUGCCAGAAACUGCCUUGGUCGGUUUGGUAACAUUCGGGACCAUGGUACGUUGAUUCAAGUAUGUUCGCUAGUGAGACUUACAGAAAUUGACUCAAAUAGGCCCAAGUUCACGAAAUCGGGUACACAGAAUGCCCUAAGUCAUACGUUUUCAGAGGCAGCAAGGAGUAUUCGGCGAAGCAAGUUCAGGAAAUGCUUGGGCUCGUGUCUCCAGGACUAAGACCCGGCAUGCAGCAACAACAACCGGGCCGCCCCAUGCCACCCAUGGGACCAGCUGCUCGAUUCCUAUUACACGUUUCACAAUGCGAAUUCCAGCUCACCAAGGCUCUGGAGCAGCUACAAAAGGAUCCUUGGCCAGUUGCUACAGAUAGAAGAAAUCUGAGAUGUACCGGAGUGGCUUUGAGCGUUGCCGUAGGUCUUUUAGAGUCAUCCUUCCAAAACACCGGUGGUCGUAUCAUGCUUUUUGCAGGAGGACCAGCUACUGAGGGUCCUGGUUUGGUGGUUGGCCCAGAAUUAAGAGAACCUAUCAGAUCUCACCAUGACAUCGAUCGUGAUAAUAUCAAAUACUACAAAAAGGCACUGAAGGUUAGUCGAGUUGGGCACCUUGUAUGUGAAGGUUCUGUGCUAAUACUUGCCAGUUCUAUGACAAUCUUGCCAAGAGAACUGCUCAUAAUGGACAUAUUAUCGACAUUUUCGCUGGAUGUCUAGAUCAGGUUGGGCUCCUGGAGAUGAAGGGACUUUCCAAUUCGACGGGUGGGCACAUGGUUCUGACCGAUAGCUUUACCUCGUCCAUGUUCAAACAGUCGUUUGUUCGUAUUUUUGAGAAGGAUGGAGAUGAUAACCUCCUCAUGGGUUUUAAUGCAUCUCUCGAGGUCCUUACCACCAAGGAGCUUAAGGUAACUGGAUUGAUUGGUCAUGCUGUAUCAAUGAACAAGAAGUCUACCUCGGUGGGAGAAACGGAAUGUGGAAUUGGAAACACAUGUUCGUGGAAGAUGUGUGGUAUUGAUCCAAACGCAAGUUAUGGUAUCUAUUUCGAAAUCACGAGCCAAGGUGGACCAACCCAACACCAACAAUCACCACAGAAAGGAAUGAUGCAGUUCUUGACAUAUUAUCAACAUUCAUCGGGCCAAUUCCAUCUCCGAGUUACCACUGUCUCCCGGAACCUAAGUGGACCUACUGGAGAUCCAGCCAUUGCCCAAUCCUUCGAUCAAGAAGCUGCCGCAGUCCUCAUGUCGAGAAUAGCAGUUUUCAAAGCGGAAGUUGACGAUGGCCCGGAUGUCCUUCGAUGGGUGGAUCGAAUGCUAAUCCGACUAUGUUCACGAUUCGCCGACUAUCGAAAAGAUGAUCCAUCCUCUUUCCGACUGGAAAAGAAUUUCACACUUUACCCACAGUUCAUGUUUCAUCUGCGUAGGAGUCAAUUUCUUCAGGUUUUCAAUAAUUCGCCCGAUGAGACAGCAUUCUACCGACACGUUCUCAAUCAUGAAGACGUCAGUAAUUCACUCAUCAUGAUUCAGCCAACCCUGGACUCUUAUACAUUCGACCAGGAUGGCAGUCAGCCAGUCUUGCUUGACUCGACUUCCAUCCAGCCAACGCAUAUUCUCUUGCUGGAUACCUUCUUCCACAUUCUGAUCUUCCACGGUGAAACUGUUGCCGAAUGGAGGAAAGCUGGAUAUCAAGAUCAAGAGGGGUAUGAGAACUUCGCUUCUCUACUGGAGCUACCGAAAGAAGACGCGAGAGUAAGAUAAUCUCGAUCAAAAUAUCUGUUUAUGAAGCUAACAAUAUACAGGACCUCAUCACGGACCGUUUCCCACUUCCUCGUUUCAUUGUUUGUGACGCUGGUGGAUCUCAAGCACGAUUCUUGUUGUCCAAACUCAACCCAUCUACCACACACACCACGGGCGCAUAUGGCGGAGUUGGUGCCCAGACUGCACAAACCAUCUUUACAGAUGAUGUGUCUCUACAGACAUUCAUGGACCAUCUUAUGAAGUCAGUUUAAUAACACCUUUGUUAUUGAGCAUCUGCUAAUAUUAUGAUAGACUCGCGGUUAGCGGAACAAAUUAAGGAGCAAUCUUGGAGACGACCUGAUAAGAACCGAAUUCUGCUGGCGUGAAAUGCAGGGAC